AUGUUGAUGUUAGACCCACGAACAAAUAUGUGUGAACAAAAAGUCAAGAAAAUUGUUCAUUUACAAAGUAUUGUAAAUCAAAGUAUUGUAGACAUAAAGAAGGUGACAAAAUCACAUGUACCAGCAGAAAAUGCUCCUACACGUAUUGAAAUCCCAAUUGGUAAUAAGGCCAUUGAAAUUAAAUCUCAAGCACGCACAAAGCGUGGGAGACCACUUGGUUCAAAAGAUUGUAAACCAAGGAAGUUGAAAAGAUUGGAUGGAAUAGAAAAUGAGACUAAUGAUGUUCCCCCGUCAAAAGGUCAAGGAAGACCAAAUGUGGAUGAAAGUAAAGAAAAUGAUGAUAAUCCAAAAGGGGAUGAACAAGAAGACAGCCUUACGGGAAUGAACAAGAUGACAAAGACAUCGAUAACAAUGAAAUUUCAAUGA